AUGGCAGCCUUGAGCUGCAAUUUUAAUCCAAUAAAUCAUGAGAGUUGUGUAAAAGCCAAAACCACCAGGCUUUCCACCUCUUGCUCAAUGCAGCCCUCUCAAAACAACAUCAAGGUAGUCAUAAAUGGAGCAGCCAAAGAAAUAGGGAGGGCAGCUGUAGUUGCAGUGACAAAAGCUAGAGGGAUGGAAGUAGCUGGUGCAGUGGAUUCUUAUCUUGUAGGAGAAGAUGUUGGAAAGGUGUGUGACAUGGAAGAGGCUCUGCAAAUACCCAUAAUAAAUGAUCUCACCAUGGUUUUGGGUUCUAUAUCUCAGUCAAAAGACACUGCUGUUGUUGUGGAUUUCACGGACCCUUCUACAGUUUAUGACAAUGUCAAACAGGCUACGGCAUUUGGCAUGAGAAGUGUGGUCUACGUGCCUCGGAUUAAACCAGACACCGUUGCGGCGUUAUCUGGGUUCUGUGAGAAGGCCAGCAUGGGUUGUCUGGUUGCACCAACUCUGUCCAUAGGAUCUAUACUACUCCAGCAGGCUGCAAUUUCUGCCUCCUUCCAUUACAACAAUGUCGAGAUUGUUGAAUCAAGGGCAAAUGCAAGAGAUUUGCCAUCACAGGAUGCAAUACAAAUUGCCAACAACCUCUCCAACAUUGGUCAGAUCUACAAUAGAGAUGACAUUUUAACAGACGUUCUGGCAAGGGGUCAAGUUCUGGGAGAAGAUGGAGUCCGUUUACAUAGCUUGGUUCUUCCGGGGCUCCCAGCCAGUACAACAGUCUACUUCUCUGCACCAGGAGAGGUUUACUCUGUCAAACACGAUAUCACAGAUGUACGGUGUCUCAUGCCAGGCCUAAUCCUGGCCAUCAGAAAAGUUGUCCGCCUUAAGAAACCCAAGAGUUCCUCGACCUCCACAAUGCGGGACUUAGCUUCUGGUAUCAGUUUGAUGGACUGCGUGUAA